AUGCAGAUCUCUCCCUCUCCUUCGCCAGUUUCUCCUCCAAUAUCUCCACCUGAUCAUAUAACACACGAAGUACAAGGUUCCUUUCUUCAAUGGGCCCCCUUACUCCUGAUCGUCCUCGGAGUCCUUUCCGGGAUUGUCGACAUUAAAGUAAGCAUCGAUGCACAUGAUCAGGAGCAGACACAAGUUGCCCUGCAGCGCCUGAGGCUUCAGCGACCGUCGGCUCAACCUCAACCUAGUCCUACUGUGCCGCCUAGCGAGAUGAUCAGUUCGAUUAUUUGCACGUACCGGAUCGAGAAGCCGGAGGCGGCAGCGGUGGCGGUGGAGAGUGGCGGCGACUGCGCUAUUUGCUUGGAGGAUUUCAAGUAUGGAGACGAGUGUCGGAUAUUCGUGAGUUGCAAUCAUGGAUUUCAUAGGGCCUGCGUUGAUGAGUGGCUCGUUCGUAAUCGUCACUGCCCGCUUUGUCGCGGUUCUGUUAGAGGUUUGCGCUCAGCAAAUGUAGACGAUCAGGUUUAG